AGCUGUGUCCAAUCACAGCUGAUCACAUCUGUCACGCUGAUCAGUGUGCCCUGAUGAUCAGUGUAGCCCCAGCAGUGCCAGCUGUCAGUGUCCAUCAGUGCCACAUCAAUGCCAUAUAUCAAUGCCCAUCUGAGCUGCCUUUCCGUGUCACCCAUCAGAGCCAGUCAGUGCCACCUAUCAAUGCCAAUCAGUUCCACCUAUUAGUACCAGUCAGUGCCGCCUAUCAGUGCCAUGUAUCAGUG